GGAGCGGGAGCGGGGCAGCGCCCGGCGGGACGGCACCGGCAGCGGCAGCGGCAGCGGCAGCCACCCGCAGACACCCACUGCCCGGGCGCGGCGGAGGCGCGGAGCGGAGCGGAGCGGAGCGGCGGCCCGAGGGCAGGCGAUGCUCACAGGGGCAGUUGUGGCUCCUUGUUCAGCAGCUCUUCAAGGAGGGCAGGAGGGGGAUUGUUCACUGGUGGAGCCAUUCGAAGCUCAGCUGAACCCGAGCCAGCAUCAGCUGGGGGUCACGUCUGCAUACCUCCCUGGGCAGAGUCCCUCACGCAUUUGAGAAACUACAAGUGAAGAAGUUGAAUGUUUUGCUUCAGCUGAAGAGAAUAUUUCCCAAGUCCUAGGGGGAAAAGGUGAAAAAGAGAACCAGAGGAUGUUGCUAGUAGGUAUGUACAUGGCAGGAAGCCAUGACUAGCAGUGUGAUUAUCACCAGGAAACAAAAAGUCACUGCUGAUAGGGUACUGUAUGGCAGCGCCACUUCUGUGUUGUGUUACCUGCUGGACUUUGUGGCCUGGGGAGCACUGUAUGUCUACGUGAGAUAUUCUCCUGCCCAUUCGUCUGCUGGAGUUUGAAUUAUUCUGCAUCUGGUUAAUCCACUUUCCUGGAGUUACCAAGCCCUGGUCUUUUUUCUUGAUACCUGCUAUUGUAAAGAUCAUGAAAAGCUAUGAGGAGAAAAGCAUGUGCGUGAGCAACCUUCACCGACCGGCAGCUGAGUGCUCUUCAGACCCCAGGCAGCUUUGAGGCAUCUUGGCUCUUCAGUGCUCUGCAGAUAUGAACGCUGAGCUUUUCUGGCACGUUCUCACAUUGGCCUGGUCACUCUCACCAUGCUAGUACGUGGGAAAGACGACUUCUACUCAGACGUAGCUUACAUCAUCCUGGAGCUGGUCAUUGCGGUGCUGGCCAUCCUGGGGAACAUCCUGGUCUGCUGGGCCGUGUAUCUGAAUAGCAACUUGCAGAACGUCACCAACUAUUUUGUGGUGUCCCUGGCUGCUGCCGACAUUGCCGUGGGUGUGCUGGCAAUCCCCUUUGCCAUCACCAUCAGCACUGGCUUCUGUGCCUUCUUCUAUGGCUGCCUUUUCAUUGCCUGCUUUGUCCUGGUCUUGACUCAGAGUUCGAUCUUCAGCCUCCUUGCCAUCGCCAUUGACAGAAUCAUUGCUAUCCGUAUACCCCUCAGGUACAACGGCUUGGUGACUGGCUCUCGAGCUAAAGGUAUCAUUGCCAUCUGCUGGGUAUUAUCUUUCAUCAUCGGCUUGACACCAAUGCUAGGGUGGCACAAUCGCUCCCAGAUUGAAGAGCUGGGUUCCAAUAGGUCCUCUCCUAUCAACUGCAGCAACAGUAUGGUGGCAUGUCUCUUUGAGGCUGUGGUCACCAUGGAGUACAUGGUCUACUACAACUUCUUUGCCUGUGUGCUCUUGCCCCUCCUCCUCAUGUUUGGUAUCUACUUGAAAAUCUUCAUGGCAGCCCGGCGACAGCUCAAGCAGAUGGAGAACAAGAUGGUACACGGGGAACGUUCUCGCUCCACUUUGCAGAAGGAAGUCCACGCAGCUAAGUCUUUAGCCAUCAUUGUUGGGUUGUUUGCAGUCUGCUGGCUUCCACUACACAUUAUUAACUGCUUUACCCUUUUUUGUCCCAAAUGUGCCCAUGCUCCCCUCUGGCUGAUGUAUCUGGCUAUUAUCCUGUCUCAUGCCAACUCGGUUGUAAAUCCUCUAAUUUAUGCCUACCGAAUCAGGGAGUUCCGAUACACCUUCCGUAAAAUCAUCAGCCAGCAUAUCCUGGGCCGGAAGGAGCUGUUCAAGGCAGGAACAGCCAGCUCUAGGACUUCCACACAUGGUGGGGACAUGGAGAACGCCAGCAUACGAAUCAGUGAGUAUGCGUUAGAGGUAUACACCAAUGGGGAGAUCCACAGGGAUCCUGAAAAGCAGGACUUAAACAAAUGCAAAGCUGGCUUGGAAUGGCACCAGAAUGGAAAUGCUCUGGAUGUGGAGACAAAUGGGCAUCUCCCACAUUCCUGCAAAAAUGGAAUUCUCUCAGAUGCAUGCAUGAACAGGGAGCUUCACAGUGAAGAAUUAACUGAUGCCCAGGUGUCUUACUCGGAUCUAGAAAGAGCAGCCUUUGCAGCAGCUGAUGUUUCCUGAUAGGACUUUCAAAGUCUUCCUGGUAGAAUUUUAUUUUUUUCUCUUAGUGACCUCUGCCGUGGCAGAUAGGGAGGCUGGGGGGCGGGGGGAGAGGCGUGUAUUCAGAUUGCUGUGGAGAAAGGGGUUCCUACCCAGGACUGUUGGGAAGAUCCUAAAUACUAGACUGGAGAAAAGCCAAGAGAACCACUGAAACGGACUAAGGAAGGAGGGACAUGUUACCCAUUGAUGACCUGUCACCAAGAGCAGUGCCAAGGUCAAAGAUGGCAUUCCAAGUUCAGCACUGGGAGACUCUGCUGAUGCAGGGCAUGUCAUGACAUUACGCCGUACUGUGUAUCUGUGGUUGUAUGUUGGUUUUGCUGUCUUUACCACUAGAAAUAAAAGCAUGGCUGGAAGUAUUCACUGAAUGGCAAGGAGCAACAGGGAGGGGUCUUUUAGUACUUUGGCCCUGCAACAAGUGGAGGAGGGAUAGCAACAUCUAUUGGUCAGGAAGGAUGCCAGCAGCUGCUUGGAAGGGGAAGGAAUUUACCUGAUGCGAACUCUGCAAACCUUCAACCAUGGCAUUUUGUCUUCCAGUUUAUGUUUUAAAGCUUACACUGCAACAGGUUGCUCGAAUGUUUUUUUUUCUUGUCUUGGUAAGAUUAUAUUAAGUUAUAGGAGAUGGGCAAGAACUCAUAUCCAUUCCCUUGAGCGCUCAAUCUUCCAGAUGCACAAGGCAAAUAUAACCUCAUAGCUCUUCACUUUGUCUAACAAAUAAUGAAAAUGGAGACUGUAAUAUGGAUUUCCCUUAGCAAAAGGGCUGUCAGCAGGACUUGGUGCUGCAGAUAGCAGACAAGUGGGUCAGGCUGUGGUCUGUGUCACCGGGGCAGUCAUGCCCCAAGGUGUUGCAAAGAGCUGUGGGUCUGUGAGCUGUCUGUAGGCUGGUGGGCACUGUCUGAUUUUUCUUCCUAUCUCCGUGCUUAUCCUCACGGGCUCCUAGAAUAAAGAUUCUUUCCAUGGCCCUAGAUGUGUGUGAGGGGAGCUAAUUUUCCAUAAUUUUGUUGUUUUCAUCCCCACUCAAAAGGCUGUGGGACCUUUUUUUCUUCUUUCUCAGUGUAGGGAGGAACACACACACACGUAACACUUAUUUUUGAAAUUCCAUUGAGCUCUAUUUAAACACCUUUUCUCCUGCAAUUUCAGUUUUUUCUUGAUGUGCUUUACCAUGAAGCCCAAUGUGUCCCUGCGGUGCAGAGGCCAACAGAGCUGGGUCUGUCUGGUCAGAAGAUGCCCCUACUCUGAGAAGCUGAAAGGCAUCAGUAUUAGUGGAAAACAGCUUAGAAACUGCAUGUAGUCUGUGUGAGAGAACAGGCAAAUCUGUGCUGCAGCAAGAGUAUGCACUGAUGUGGUUUCUUGUAGAGGUGUUUCACAGCACCUGUAUCACUUAUGAAGCCUGGUAGCUCAAGGACAGCAGGACACCACAUCAGCUUGAAUUCUACCUAAACAUUGUCUGGUCUUUGUUUUCCAGAUAAAUAAUCCAUGUUCAAUACCACCAGCCUUCUGGAGAGACAGGCAGUAAUGGUCCUCCUGGAAAACUGAAAGUCUGGUAAUCUGAGGCAUUUGAAGCUUGUUCCCUAGCUGAAAACAUGAGAAUUGUCAUCCCCCAAGCCACCUCAUGUCUGUCCACUAACAUUUCAGAAGCCAAGUAAUCUAAUUUUCAGAAAGUAAAAGGGAACUGGACUUUGAUAUUUGAGGAAGGGCAGGUUAGGCUUGUGUGUUCUUAUUCCAUGUUUAUUUUAAAUAUUGUGAACUAUUAAAAUGAAAAGUCAGUUUUAUUUGAGGAGAACUUUCUUUAUGCCACUCUCCCUACAUGAAGGUGGGGGGUAGUUUAUAAUGCUGAACGUGUUCAAGUAUAUAACUGCUCCAGGCUAGCACAAAGCUUACUGUGAGAAGGAUGAAAAGAUGUGGUUGCCACCUCAAUCCUUAGCAGAAAGACAGGCAAGUCUGUAGAACAAUAGACUUCACAGUUUAAUUGAAUUGCUCCUUUCUUGGCAUGGCUCUUCCACGUAGUCUAACGUCAGAGGAGUGGAUUAUCACUCCAGCACCAUUAACAAACACUAAGCCAUUUCCCUGUGACUGAUGUCAUAGGUAAUUCCUCUGUAGGGUGACUUGGGAUCUUGUUACUCUUGAUCUUUCUGGGUGGAAUAUUUCUGUAGGUUAUUUGUGGGAUGGCUCCUCUGGCCUCCUGUAAUAGUGGCAGAGGCACUCAGUCAGGAAAACGGGGGUCUCACCUCUUCAGGCCUCAGCUGGGAGCUGAAAUGUUUCUAAGAAUAACACAAGAUUACAUCCGGUAUCCAUGUCAAUAACCAUUAGGUCCACAAAGAAGCAGAGCAGGGAAGGAAGUGUGGGAAAAUACCAGCAUUGCUCAUGUGCUGGAACACAUGUGGGUGCAGAAUUGUCUCCUAUUGAGCUUCAGUUACCAUUGUAAAGGGAUGUGUUCUGCCACAUUGCAUCAGACUUUCAACAGCUGGUGUGGGUUGGUUGCUUUCUGUUGUUUCCUGAGCUGCUUCACACUCAAUUAUGGCAGCUUCUUGCUUGGUUGCCACAUGAAUCAAGUUGAUCCAUGUUGUUGCAGCAAACAUAGGAUUGUCCCUCUGGAAAACUUUCCUGCCCAAACAGAUUGUCAUGUGAGCUUACUGAGUUUCCAGGUGUCUUGAAAUUAGCUUUCCCAUUGCUGUUUGAGAUGCCCCCCAAGCAUGUCCAGUCCCUUUCAAUAUUAGUGAUCCAGAUUUAAAAGAAGAGGGUGUGUGAAGGGGCUGGGGGAUGCAUACAGGGGGAACUGCAGUGUGAGUAAGAAGGCAGAGUGUUUUGUAUAGAAUUGGAAGCCUGUAGUCACUGGAAGGAAGGGACAGCAAUUGCACCAUGUGCUGUGCACCUUCUGGCAAACAUAUGUCUUGAGAUGGACCUUCAGAAGAUGUUUCUGAAGCAGUUGUUGGAGGGAGCAUGAGCCUUUUGAGCAGAAUUUUGGAAUUCUUACUUAUUGGUUCCUAGGGAUUGUGAUUUCAAGGUUUUCUUUUAUUAAAAGAAAAAAAGAAGCUUGAGGGUCUUUCUUCCUCCUGGAAGUGCCCUCCACUCUUGAGAAAAGUAUCACUCUUCCAAACUGCAUAGGGCAGGGAUCAUUAGAAAUGUGAAAGUUAAAUAAUUUUUUUCCUAACCUCUCCACUCAUAUCCCCAUUUUCGUUGUAGCUGGAGGAUAUUUAGAUGUUGAAAUAUAGCUGUUCUGGAUAAACAAAGAUGGUACCAACACAAAGGGAAGAAUGAGGUGAUCAUCAGGAGAGGCUGGAGAAGACCUCCUUAGGAAUCCAAAGUGCAGUGGGUCCAGUGAGUAACAGUUGGGGUAAGAAAAGACUAAUUUCUUUGAACGGGAACGUCUUACUAAAAAUGGCUCAAGAGCCAUAGAGAGAUGUGGUGCUUCAUUUGGCAUGAAGGCAUUCCAAGAAUUUCACCAUUCCCUGGAGACUCUUAGGCUCCAGGGUUUAUUUGCUUCACAGGGUUUCAGAGAAAGUUAAGUUUGACCAGUUUCCAGGAGCAAUUUUUUCAAGAGGUCUUCUUGAGGCCCUGUCCUCAACAGGGCACUGCUUUUUCUGUGUGCAAAUAAAUGCACUUACAGCUUUGUCCUGCAGGGUUUCUUCCAGUAUCAUUCAGUAAUAUUUUAAAGCUCUGUGCAAGCUUGAACUGCAGCUCUUGAACAAAGAAGCAGUUUGGCAUGGUGGAGCAGCUGGGGUUACUGUAGGCAGAAGGGGCUUGCCACGGAUCCCAGUUGGUGCUAGGAAACUUACUGUGCAGAUGGACCUGGGAGUUAUAUGGAGUAGUCUGAAUCUUUUGUCAUUCUUUGAAAAGAGGCUCUAGGGGAUGCUGGUGGGUAUAGAAAAGUCUCUAAGGUGUGGGAGCAGACUGGAGGGUUAGGAUUAGGUGGGAAAUCUUUGUGGUGAAGGAAAGUAAGUUUGAAAGGUAGGUGUUUGGGUGGAUUUCAGGGGAGCAGGGAUGUGCUGGGUUGUGCUGGGGAUUGCACAGAUGGUCUCCGGAGAGCGGUGCUGGCAUGAGACCAAGGUGUGACUUGCUGAGGAUGGACUCUGGAAAGGAUGUGCAUCUUAUGGCUCUCCUGGGGUCACUGCAGAGGGGCAACCUUCCCCAGUGUGUGUGGAGGGUUGACAUAUGUGGUCUGUAUGUGACUGAGGUAGAGAAGGAUCUUAUGGAUUAUAUCCUUUUCAGGUGCAUUGUCUCAUUUCAUGAGCAUGUCCAGGUGUGACAAAAGCCCAUCUGCUUCAUGAACAUGAGACCCACCUAAAAACAAAUCAAUUCAGCUAUGUUCUGUGGGAAGGACAAGCAUGCUGUAACAGUGUUGCGAUGCAUUUAAACUGUAGAAUACUCUCUAGUGGUGUUUGCUAAGAUUAGCUGCCUAAUAGUUAUUUCUCUCCCGAUUUGUUUUGGGCACCAAACUGCACUGAGUCAUACCGGAGUUCUUUCUUCCCAGCCCUGAGCUUUUCUCUUUCUUUACAGUAAAACACAUCAAGAGUAACUAAAAUCAUACCAGUUCCUUCUUUGCAGGAGUGGUGACUAACCCUGACAGACUGAGAAUCCCCAAACUGGGGCAGUGUUUUCUGUAACUCCCUGUCUCAUUUGUCUGCUGGGACUGUUCACACAAGGAUGUGUUGAAAUCAAGACUGGAACCUGUUGAUCUGAGAACAUCCUUUGCUUCUCCCACUCUGUCUCAGGAGCUGGCUCAGUUCCUGCACCCUAUCCUGUGGAGCGGUUGUCUCUGUGGUCUGCAAGCCAAGACACUAUGAACACGCUGCUGCACAUGCUGUCACUAUAAAACAAUUAUUCUGUUAAUUUAAAUGUUUUAUGAAUAUUGUUGUUUUCCCUGUUGUUUGUUACCAGUGGGAGAGGAGGGAAGGGGGUGGGAGAAUCUGUGCAUGCAAAUAUAUUAUAAGUGCAUUGACCAAAGUUGGUUGGGAUUUUUUUAUUAUUAUUAUUUCUUUUUUUAAUCUGUGAAGUUUUCAUAUCUGUGAAGUCAUCAGACUGCUGGGCAGUGAGGAGCUGCUGGUGCUGCUGAGUCUGUCUUGGUUACAUUUCUUAAUAAGCAUUAAAAUAAUAAAAUAUAUUUGUAAAAGA